AUUUUUCCACCUGAACGAUAUAACAACACAUUAAAAAUUACUCUUCAUGACAAAUAUAUCAUCAUUAAGAAUAUCGUAGCAGCUGAUAAAACACCUGAUUAUCGAUCUACGAUAACUUAUACAACGCAAGGAGAUGUCGUUUUUCUUAUUGAAAAUAUCAUUCCAUUACUAGAAAGAUGGAAUGCUCCAAUAAGCAUGGCUUUAUAUACUCCUGGAUCUGAUUUUAAAGUGACAUUAGAUACAAUUUUAUAUUUUAGGAAUUGUCAUGAUCAACGAGAUCUUGUGAGAGAUUUUGCGUCAUUUCAUUUCUUCCUUGAAAAAGAUUUAAUGCCAAGUGACACUAAUCUCGAAAUUGACGAAUCAAACUUCUCUUGUUCUUCAAAUGAUCAUCUUUUGAAAUUUAAACACAAUGAAACUUAUAGAGCUUUCAAGAAACUCGUGUAUCCCAUUAAUGUUGGACGAAAUCUUGCAAGAGAAACAGUUGGCACUCACUUUGUUCUGGCUAGUGAUAUGGAACUUUAUCCAAACCCUGGAGUGAUUGAAAAUUUCUUUCGCAUGCUAAAUCAAAAUUCUGAUGCUUUUCUCAAUGGAAAGAAUAUCUUUAUAUUUCCUGUUUUUGAAAUAGAAGAAGGCCUUGAAGUGCCACAAAAUAAGUCACAACUUCGUACGCUUUUCAACGAUCAUAAAUUAUUCUGGUUCCAUGACAAACUAGCCAAAUCAUGUCAUAAUGUUCCAAACAAAACGGAAUGGUUGAAUGAUGAUGACCCAGAAAUGAAAGUUCUUGUGACUGUCAAAAGAAUAGGAGAACAGAAGAUUUGGGAACCUAUGUACAUUGGUACAAAUGCUGAGCCAACAUUUGAUGAACGAUUGAGCUGGGAAGGAAAAUCUGAUAAAAUGACGCAAGGAUACACCAUGUGUCUACUUGAUUACAACUAUCACGUGCUCUCAAAUGCGUUUCUUAUUCAUAAACCAGGAAUAAAGAAAGGAUCACAGGCCUUUCGACCAGAAUUUGAAAGAGCUACUAGGAAACUUAUGCGAGAAGUUAUUUUACCUGAGAUUGAUCUAAAUUAUGGAAAAAGAGAAGGAUUGAAGCUUGUAAGAAUGAAGAAAUUGUGUGUAUUUGGUGCUGGUGCUGCUGGUUUAAUUUCAAUUAAACAUGGAAUAAGCUUUGGAUGUGAUGUGACUGCUUUUGAACAGACCAAUAAAGUUGGUGGCUUGUGGAAUUUCACAGAGGAAGUUGGAAAAGAUAAAUAUGGUCUUGACAUUCACUCAAGCAUGUAUCAAGGUCUGAUAACAAAUCUUCCGAUUGAAGUUAUGAACUAUCCAGGCCAUCCAUAUAAUGAUCAAAAAUAUUCUUACGCUUCAUCUGAAGAGGUUUUAAAUUACUUACAAUCCUUUGCCGAAAAAAAUAACUUAAAAAACUAUAUAAAAUUCGAACACAGUGUUAUUCGUGUUCGACCUCUUCAAGGCGACACAUGGGAAGUGAUUGUAAAGAAUCUUCUAGAAAAUGCUUACGAAACUUACAUUUUCGAUUUGGUUCUUAUCUGUUCUGGUCCCUUCAAUGCAAGUUUCAUUCCAAAACUCAAGGGACAAGAAAUCUUUCAAGGUCGACAAAUUCAUUCUCAUGAUUACAAGAGACCGGAACCGUUCAAGGAUGAAAAUGUUCUCGUGAUUGGUGGAAGCUUUAGCGCGAUUGACAUUAUUCUUCAAACUUCAAACCAUGCAAAACAUGUCACUUGGUCAAAUCAUUUAAAAGAUAAAUUGAAUACAAACAGUUACAAUGAUAGAAUUGUUCAUAAACCUGAUGUCUUGGAAUUGAAAGAAAAAGGCGCUAUUUUCAUUGAUGGGUCUUAUCAGGAGUUCUCGAGCAUUAUUUAUGCAACUGGGUAUAAUUAUGGGUUCCCAUUUUUAUCUGUUGAUUGUGGGAUUGGCACUGAAGAAGGUUAUAUUAAACCAUUGUACAUGCAUUGCUUGAGCAUCAAUCGACCAACUUUAGGAUUCAUUGGGAUGAUGAACUUGAUCGUGCCCAAUCAAUGUGUAGAUUUACAAGCAAGAUUUUGUCUGACAUUCAUGACAGGAAGAAAAUUGCUGCCUUCAAAAGAAGAAAUGAUUGAAGAUUAUGAAGACGAAAUGAAAAGACGUCAAGAUCGAGGUGUGCCUAAAAGGAAAACUCAUUUCAUGGGUGGUCAAUAUUCUCAUGAAUAUUUUAUCAAUCUAGCACAAAAAGGAAAUUUACAACCAAUCAAACCUCGGGUCGCUAAAAUGCAUACAAAAAGUUUAGAAAUUCGUAAGAAUAAUUUUUUAAAUUUUAUGAAAUUUAAAUUUCAUAUUGUUGAUGAUGAGAAUUUCGAAAUCUCUAUGAUUGAAUAA